AUGAAUGCCUUAUUGUGGAACGUUCAAGGGAUGGGGAACCCUUGGACGGUCCGUACCUUGAAGUCCCUAGUGCAGCAUUGGUGUCCGGAGUUGGUUUUCAUAUCGGAAUCUAGACUCAAUAAGAUGCGAGCAGAAAAUUUGCGUGUUGCUUUGGGUUUUGUUGGUUGCUUUGUGGUGGAGGCUAAAGGUAAAAGUGGCGGGCUUGUGCUAAUGUGGUCCGAUAAGAUAACUUGCAAUAUUCUUUCAUUCUCCUCUUUCCAUAUUGAUUCUUUCAUUCGGAAAGAGGAGGACCAAGGGUGGCGGUUCACAUGCUUCUAUGGAGACCCAGAUCCAAGUAAACGAGGCGAUUCUUGGACAGUUCUCAAUAGAGUCGGCAGAAUGUAUACGGGACCGUGGCUGAUUGGGGGAGAUUUUAAUGAGAUUUUAAGGCAAAAAGAGAAAAAGGGAGGACAACAAAAACCGAGAUAUCUCAUAAACAAUUUCAGAAAAGCUCUAGAUGAUUGUUAUCUUCGGGAAGUGGAGUUUGAAGGGAAUUUGUUUACUUGGUGUAAUGGGAGACAAGAUAACCUUAUCUUUGAGAGAUUAGAUAGAGCUUGUGGAAAUUCUGACUGGUUUGACAUGUUUCCUGCUGCAAAAGUUUUUCAUCUUGAACGAAUCAACUCCGAUCAUUGCCCGCUAUUACUUACUUGUGCUCAACAACAACUGGAUAGUGUUAAGGGGGUUCGAUGGCACUCUCGAUUUCAUUUUGAACAUGCAUGGGCUGAGGAAGAAACUUGUGUGGAGUUGGUCACGAAAUCAUGGGGGCUGGCACUGUAA